AUGGCAACAAAAUCUUCUCCACGAAUUCCUCAAAAAACAUUAAUCAUCGAAGAACAAACAAGAAUCGAAGAUACCUUAUCAUUUACGAUUUUAUUAUCGGAACGAAUCCGACUAGCCGUCGAUGAAGCCAGAUUGUUCAAGUUCGAUUGUUCUGAGGUUGGCAAUAAAGUUGUUGUCAUAAGCCAGAUGCUCCGCUCUGCCGUCCGGUAUGCCAUCUCCGGCGGUGGUGCCGCUGCCUUCUAUGACCGCCCUUUCUAUCGCAUAGCAGCCGAUGUCACCAAGAAUCUUGAAAAGGCGCUGACCCUUGUCAAGAAGUGCCGGCGGGGGAACUUCCUCUGCCGUGUUGUCACCAUUGUCUCCGCCGCGGAUUUUCGCAAGAUUUUCGCCCUCCUUGACUCCUCCGUCGCUGACAUGAAAUGGGUUCUUAGUAUCUACAGCGGCGACGGCGGCGGUGGAGGUAUCGUUAUUACUUUACCUCCCAUUGCUAGUAAUGACCCCAUUCUUUCUUGGGUUUGGUCUUUUAUUGCUUCAUUACACUUUGGUCAAUUACAAGAUAAAAUUGAGGCCGCUAAUGAAUUGGCUUCUUUAGCGAAAGAUAAUGAUAGGAACAAACAAAUUAUCGUCGAAGAAGGCGGGAUUCCCCCAUUGUUGAAGCUUUUAAAUGAUAAUUCCUCGCCGGAAGCUCAACUCGCGGCCGCCGCUGCCCUUUCCAAUUUAUCGAAUUCCGAGGAAAGGGUCGGACAAAUAGUCGAUGAUUUGGGGAUUCCAAUUAUUGUAAAAGGUUUAGCGGAUUCUCCAGUGGGGGUUCAAAUAAAGGUUGCAAAUUUGGUGGCUACAAUGGCAAAGUAUUCUCCACUUGCUCAAGAUGAUUUUGCAAGGGAGAAUGUGUUUAGGCCACUUGUGACAUUGUUGUCGUGUGAUAUAUUCCCAGAUGAUCCAAUGAUCAUAAUUGGAAAACAGACUUUCCAUUCGAUCGUGCAGAUCAACAAGGAAAUGGAGAAGAAUUCGAGUAGGCUGGGGUCCUCGGUGGUGAGUAGUAAGGUGGGGAAGAGGGAGAAUGAGAAGCUGGAGGUUAAGCUCAAGUUAAAAAUAAGUUGUGCCGAGGCAUUAUGGAUGCUUGCUCGAGAGAGCGUACAUAAUAGUAAGAGAAUCUCGGAGACUAAAGGGUUGCUUUGUUUGGCGAAGCUUGUUGAAACCGAGUGCGGGGAAUUGCAGCGUAAUUGUUUGAUGACAAUAAUGGAGAUAGCAGCUGCAGCUGAAUAUAAUGCUGACCUCAGAAGGGUAGCUUUCAAGACGAGUUCUGCUGCUGCUAAAGCAGUUGUCGAGCAGCUCUUAAGGUUGAUUCAAGAGUCUGAUAACUCGUGGUUGCGAAUUCCAGCUAUAAGGGCUAUAGGUUCGUUAGCUCGAACAUUUCCAGCACGGGAAACUAGGGUCCUUGGGCCGUUGGUCGACCAACUUAGUAAUGGGAAUCAAGACGUGGCUGCAGAAGCUGCUUGUUCACUUGGGAAGUUUGCUUGUCCUGAUAAUUAUCUGUGCAUUGAGCAUUGCAAGUCGAUUAUCGAGUUCAAAGGUGUUCCACCUCUACUAAGACUAUUGAGUGGCAAUGAACGGGCACAGUUUCACGGAUUGAUUCUUCUCUGUUACCUUGGAUUGCACGUUGGAAAGAGCGAGGCUUUGGAACAAUCACGGGUUUUGAGCGUUCUUGAGGGGGCGGAUCGUGCAUUGAUUGCUCAACAUCCUGAAUUGAAAGAGUUGAUAUCCAAGGCAAUGUACCAUCUAAAUGUGUAUCACUCAGGUGUGCUUCCUCAGGGGCAGUCUUACACCCCUUAA